AUGGCUACUGCAAUGCACACGCCAGUUGUGAGAAACUGGUCAAACACUGAUGCUUCUGAGGCAAUCCAGCCACAGACCACUAAGGCAGUUAAUACCAGAACUUAUUUCAUUUCUUUAGUCGAUCACCACGCUCCUCAUCUACGACACGAUCGAGAUCGCAGGUUUUGGUUCGACGUGACCGACGUUAAAGCCGACGAAGAAAUCAUGGCUGCAGAAUUUAGAUUAUACAGAGAUUUAACAUCUUCCGAAUUACCAUUAAAUAGUACUUACACGUUAACGUUAUAUCUGCUGACAGACGAGCCAGAAAAUAAAGGCUUAAAAUAUAUCGAAACAAUUACAGUGCAGGCGAAUCAGGAAGGAUGGAUGAGUUUUAAUGUGACCGAAGCUAUCGUCACGUGGAUCGCAUUUCCGGCCAAAAAUCUAGGACUUUAUUUGCAGAUACGGAUGGAAGGAUUGUCUAGAAACGUCGAUCCGGGAGAAAUUGGAAUCGUCGGCAGAAAAGGAGCCAACGAAAGGCAACCGUUUAUGGUGGCAUUUCUUCAGUCGCCCAGAGAUUUGCACGUUCGUCACACGAGGUCUACUUCGAAGAAGAAAGCUAAUUUCGACCGAACUUCUUACGAUUACGAUAAAAACUGGUUAACCAUAAAGAACAGACGAGAUAUUAUCAAAAAAAGUUGUCAACGCUUAGCAUUUUAUGUUAGUUUCCAACAGCUGAAGUGGCAGGAAUGGAUUAUAGCGCCAGACGGAUACGCCGCCUUUUAUUGCUACGGAGAAUGCUCCUUUCCUCUCAAUGCUCACAUGAAUGCUACCAAUCACGCCAUAGUGCAGACUCUAGUGCAUUUGAUGGAUCCCAACGACGUUCCUAAGCCUUCUUGUGCUCCGACUCACUUAUCGGCCGUCCAAGUCUUGUAUUUUGACGAUAAUUCCAACGUUGUCCUCAAAAAAUAUCGAAAUAUGGUGGUGCAAUCUUGUGGAUGUCACUGAAUAUCAAAUAUUUAAUGAAUUUUUUGCCAAUUUCAGAACAUGCAUUUGAUAUUUUUAAUAUUGUGAACGACGUUUUUGAUACUUUUUAGCAUCGUAAAUUAUAAACGUAUUGAAAUAAUAAAUAUUCUUUCAACUUAAACUUUGUAUAUUUAGUAUAUACGAUGUA